GUCGGCGGUGGCGCGGCGGAUAGAGGUUCGCGUCGCGGUGCCUCGCGUCAGCGUCGCUAGGACCGUCGACGGAGGCAACAGUGGUGGCCAAACGAGAAACGACAGGAAACGAAACGAAACGAAACGAAGCGAAGCGAAGCGAGACGCAUCGUCGCGUGACCGCGUACAAUCCGCCAUAUUGGCCGCGAACUCUUCAGCCGGAGGCCGUGUGAAGCGAAGCUUCGCUCGGGAUCCGGUGGCGACGCAGGGGGUGAGAACGAGGGCGUACCGCGUACACCAGCGUGUCGUGUCAACCCGGCGCGAAGAGAAGGUCGACAGGGGUGGUGGAAGAGGGCAAUAACGUUGCAAGACGCGCCGAGAUACGCCUCGAACGUUUUCCACGACAAGUGACAGAGAGCCGGAGAGGGAGAGAAAGACAAAGGGGGAGAGAGACAGAGAAAGAGAGAGCGAGAGAGAGAGAAAGAGAGACGGGAAACCGGAAAGGGAGACAGAGAGACCGGGGAAAAAAGCACAAGGAGAAGGAAACGGAGGGUAGAGAGAGAAGUGUGCCAGUGUUCGAUGGCUGAAGAAAGUGUCCAGUGUGUCAGAUGACUCCCGAGAACCGACUUCGCCACCCUCAGCCUACACCCUUGGACCCUCUGAGAGAAAAAGAGAGAGAGAGAAAGAAAGACUGAGAAUCCCCAGCUCCUUCGAUAGGAUACGUCAUUGAAUCCGGAUGAUUCGCUCGGAGCUCCAUCGAGUCGCUCGAGAUUUGCUCGGCUCGUUCGUUGAACUGCACGGGUAGCCGGGGAUCGGUGACAUCGCUUGUUGCGACCAGCCGCCAUUCUCGCGUCGAGGGACUCGCGUGUACCGGCGGCGGGUAGCACGGAGAUCGAUCCUCGAUCGUCGAAGGUGAUUUUCGCGGAUCGAGGCGGUAUGCGGUAGGUGAAUCACGACGACUGGUCGUUCGCUCGGUGUCCAGCGUGACAACGCCGUGGGCUCGUCUCUCCCUCUGGUCUCGACUUCUGCCAAUCAAUAACCAGCGCACCGACUCGUUCACGCUCUGCUCUCUUUCUCUCUCUCUUUCUCUCUUUCUCUCUGUCUCCCUCGCCCUUCUCUCUCUCUUUCUCUCUCUUUCCCUCGCUAGCACGUUCUCCGUCUGUCUCGCCCUCGUUCUCUCUCUCUCUUCCUCCCUCCGGCUCUCUCCGUCUCUCUUAGCCAGGUCGAUCCGGCGAAAUCAGUCCGGCGCGGCGCUGAAAAAUAGUCUAGUUACAUUGAGAGGCUCGCGAUGUUUUCCUGUUUCCCUCUUCCGUCCGAUUCGCGGCACUCCCCGCUGCUCCCUCGACUGGUUGUUCCCUCUUUUGUCUCUCCUCCCCUCGUUUCCGCUGUUCCUUCAUCGGCGCCCUUUUAAAACGCGUCCCUCUCUCCCUUUGGAGCGGGCGGCCGGCCGAGUUCUCUCGUCGUCGUCGUCGGCGUUUCGAGCGUAGAGACCGGCGAGCGACAGUCGUCGACGGAGGGAACAUCGCGACGCGACGCGAGGCGACGCGACGGCAGCAGAGGCCAGAGGCGGCGGUAGCGGCGCUCUAGCUGGCCGCGCCAGCGCCCUGCAGCUUCAAACAGCCACGAAACCUAUUUAUACACCGUCAACGUAGCGGACGACGUAGCGAGAACAGCGCCGUGUUCGGCCACCCACGCGAGCAACAGCUCGCGAGUGAGAGAGAGGAAGCGGGUGCGACGACAAGCGGAAAACACCGUCGCCGUAGCAAACAGAGGAAAGAAAACGGUGCGCGGCCGGGGAUCCGUUAUCACCGCCGGAGAUUCUACCAAAAAAACGACGAGUUCCGCGAAACCGAGUUCGACGAGAUCGAGUUUUUUCAACGAAAUUCCGCCUUGGAAAUCGAGCACCGACAGAGGAGGAGGGACCACCGAGAGAGGAACGGGAUCGAGAGGGGACCGUCGUCGUCAUCCCCCGUGGCCGUCGCGCGCGGUGCCGCCACAGGACGAUCAAUUCUCUCUCUCUCUCUCUCUCUCUCUCUCUCUCUCUGUAGCCGUCUCCUGCGUCCUUCGGUUCGUUGAUCGUCCUUCGUGGUGUUCGGCCGGAAGUUCGGUGGCCCGGUCGAUGGACGCGGCCGCAGGCAAACGGGACCCGACGACGAGAUGGGACAGGAUCUAUGUGGUGAUCGUGACGGGUGUCGGGAGUGCGGCGCGAACGGUGCCCACCCAUAGGGGACGCCAUUGAGAGAGUCUAUCUUUCCCUUGGCCGUGUGAUCGACCGUCGCGCAUCCGCCUUCCCUUCUCGCAUCGUGUGCGAUCUGCGCGCGGCUGGGACCCGCGGCGGCUCUCCUCUGUAGAGGUGGAUGGGGUUGGGUCACGUCGUCGCGUCGUUGUGUGCUCGUCGCUCGGUCGGGUGUUGUUGAACGUGGUGGCCUGGUCUGGCCUGGUCUGGCCUGGUCUGGCCUGAUCUGGCCUGGUCCGGUCUGGUUUGCUCGGGGUCUGGUGGUUCCUGGUGGUGAAUCGUGGCCCGAAGGCGGUGGUGAACGGCCGGAAGGAAAGACAACGGGGGCCCAGGUGCUCGCUCGGCUCUCGGAGUCGGAGGGCUAGGCCUGGACGAAAGAGAGAGAGAGAGAGGAGAGGAGAGGAGAGGACCGUGUCGCGCAGAGGGAGGCGGGAAAUGGCCGGUGGUGUAUAAUGCGCGAGGACGAUCGUCGCGCUGGACCUCGCCGCGCCGAUUCGAGCUGUUACUCGCCGCCGUCCUCGAGCACGCCGGAGCUGGAGUUCCCGUAGCCCGUAGGCGGUGGAGGAGGAGGAGGAUCUCGAAGAGAGUGGUCCCCCGCGCGAGUGGUGUAUUACCCUGGUGCUCGUAUGUGUCCGUCCGUGAGUGCGUGAAAGGAAAAAGAACGCCCGCUUCGGCUCCCGGUUGUGUGUCGCGGCCGCGGCCGCGGUCGGUUCGAAGGGUCCUCAGGAGGGAACGACCGAGUCCUCGGCAGCCAGCCCGCUAGGAGCAUGCAGGAAUCGGGCGAGGCCCGGAGAGGCCUUAGUCCCGCCGGCGGACCGGGAUAAGCUGAUCUAUCCCGCACGGCAGGGUGGAGGUGAGAUCGCCGAGACCUGGCCAACUAGCUGCUCCGACCGUGAACACGUCGCUUAGCUGAGACCUCGAACGCGGGAAGCGAGCUGGUCUCGCUUUUGGGCGCAUGGAACAUGAUAGAGAUGUCGAGCGGAAUCGGUGCACCUGCAAUGGGGAUCGGCGUUAGUCACGGGACCGGGGGUGGCGAGGGUGUCGCCGGUGGUUGCCGGAUGCGCGCCCAGAGCCAAGGUCAGACUCCUGCGUCCGACUCCUCGACGCAGCACAAUAAUCCGCAGCAGUCGUCCCAGCAGCAGCAACAGCAACAGCAACAGCCGCAGCAGCAACAACAGCAGCCGCAGCAGCAACAACAGUUGCAACAGCAACAGCAGGCGCCGUCGUCUCAGCAGCAACAGCAACCACAGCAACAGCAACAACAGCAGCAACGCCAAGGCUCGGGAAUCAUGGGCCGCUCGAAGAAGGAUAACUGUUGCCUGUGUUGGUGCUGCAGUUGCUUGUGGAAUAAAUGUUUGACGGCGAUCGGCGGCAAUUCGGCGGGUGCAGAGGGCGCAGGCGACCAGGGGAAGAAGAAAGGUAACGCGGGCGUCGGCGGCGAGCACGGCAGCGGCGUCGUCGAGCACGCGGGUGCGGGGAACGGCCUCGAGGACACCAUGGAGAGCAGCCUGGAGGAGAUCAGGAUGUGGGGCUCCUCGUUCGAGAAGCUGAUGAGAAGCACGGCCGGCCGCAAACUGUUCAGGGCGUUCCUCAGGAGCGAGUUCAGCGAGGAGAACAUCGCGUUCUGGACGGCGUGCGAGGAUUUCAAGCGGGAGAGCAAUCCUGAGAGGAUCAAGAAGGAAGCGGAGUUCAUCUACAAGGAGUACAUAUCCGAAGACUCGUCGAAGGAAGUGAGCCUGGACGCUCAGGUGCGCGAGAUAGUGAACAACAACAUGGUGGAGCCGACCCCGCACACCUUCGACGAGGCCCAGCUGCAGAUCUACACGCUGAUGCAGCGGGACUCGUACCCUCGUUUCGUGAACAGCGAUAUCUACCGGCGGGUGGCCAGACUGGACAACAAGUCGGCCGCGGCGAGCAACGAGGAGCACGGGACCGGCAAAUCGAAGGGGAAGAAGGGCACCACGUAAUCGGGGUGGCAGCGGACCAACACCCUCCGUCUCCAGAGCGUCGUCCUUCGAUCGUUGAACGCUUCGAUCGGGGACCGCGUUUGAAACGUUGGCCGAUGACGAGAGACCCAGCAGGAGGCAUCGGCGAUCAUAGACGAUCGGGCCUGGAUCGGGGACCACCGACGAUCCACGGCCCGGAACCACCGACAUCCGGAUAACCGGGACAUCCCUCUGUCGCGAAGCAAGGCCCCCAUUUCAAGCGGUUCCCGCUGACGGGGACCGGUCGGGGGCCUCGGUGACAAAGAGGAAGAUGCUCGCUAGCGACUCGCUCUUCCACGCGACGCCACAUCGGGGCCAUGUGAACACGCUCGCCGCGUCUGCGAACGUGACGCACGAACUUGACGAUGGACUGAAUUAUUUAAAAAGAAAAAAAAACAGAAAACCGGAAAAACGAAAAACAAAGAAAAGAGAACCAGAGAGGAAUCGUCGCACAAGGAUAGGAUCGAGGAGGCGACCGGGAAAGAGGAUCGGAACGCGAACGGCUUGCAAUCUCGAGGAUCGACGCCGACUCUUUCUUCCAGGAUACUCGGGCACACGCGGGUCGAAAAAGAUCGGGACAAGCAAGGGUCGGUCGGGGAUGACGUUCGUCCGUCACGGAAGUUCCUAAGUUCAUCGUCCGAGUGUCUUACGACUGAUCGUCGCCGAUCAUCUCUCUCUUUCUCCCGGCUUGUCGCGACCGCUCUCUCUCACUCACUCUCUCUCUCUCUCUCCCCCUCUCUCUCUUUCUCUCUCUCUUUUCCGCUCAAACGAUCUUUCUCUCUACUUCUCUCGAGCCUUCCGACCCCACCGAUAUUUUUCUCCUCUCUUUCUCGCUCUCUUUCAGCGUGCCCCCCCCCCCCCUCCGUUUCAUCGUCGAAGGAGGUCUCGCGGGACGAUUGUCGAGGAUCCACGAUGUAAUCGAGCCACGGGAACUCGAGGGCACGAUCGUCCAAACGAAAGGGACUUCUGAAUUGAUGGUUCUGUUCUGUUGCUCGAUGUUUUUCGAUCGUUCUUUCCGUUUUUUUAUUUCGCUCGAAAGCUACAAUUCAUCCUCGUGUGGAACGCUGCAAUUUUUAUCUAGAUUUAGAAUUCGUUUGUACUAGAAUCGAAUGAGUUUUAUUCGGACUCUUUAACCCUUUGGCUACGACAGAUUUUGACACGUGUGUACUGUGCGUGCAGCAUACGAUAGCUCGUUGAUGUGGUCGAGACACUGAACCGUGUUACAUACGUUCGUGAAUAAUUUUAUUUAUUUGUAUUUUCAAUAACCGAGCGGGACGACUCCUUUGCGUCACAUGGUAAAAAUAGUAAGCAAUAAUUGUCGCACAGCAAGGAAGAGCAAAGUUACAAAUGAUAACAAAUAGAACUCACUGCGAUAGAAUGAGUCAGAAUAUAGAAAUACAAUGCCUAAAGUAACGAAAUAAAUCGCUAUUAUCUGAAUUCGAUAAAUUAAUUUUAUAGACGCCAUAGAGCGCAAGUAAGACCGAGCUUUUAAAUGUACAAAAAGAGCGACGGAAGAUAUCAGCAGAAUCGCUAAAACGAUCAGCCGUAACGAAUGCUUGAUCUGAUACAAAUAAUAAUAACUUCUGAUCAAAUUUGCCGGUCGCUCGUAGGCGACAAAAAUUUGCUCAAGUUUGCUGGACGCCGAUAGGCGCCAUCGGUACAUCGUAAGCAAAUGUUCAGGGCGCCUAUAGACGCCGAUGAUAGUCUAUGGGUUAAAGAGUUGGAAAUCCGAAUUCGUUCAAUUUCGUUCACGAAGAUCGUUCAAUAUUUGACAGUCCACGCGUUCGUUGAAUUUUUCCAUGAAGUUGCACUGUCAGUGACCUAUUAAAAGAAAUGCUGCUUCACACGAGGAUUGCCGCACAGUAAUUCGCGGCCCGAUUUCCCGUGGCUCGCGAGCGUCUCGAGAUCGGAAGUCCCUCUCGAGGGACGCUCGAAACAGCGGCCGACACGACAGAAGCAAUAUUCAUCAGCGGGAACGAAUCUCAUCGAUCGAAUCGAUCGUUAGUAUACGGAGAUCGACGGAGAGCGUCGAGACGUCGUGACCUUGCACACGAAACUCCUGCGCGCGAGAAGGGACUCCUUUCCCGAUCGUUUCCCCCAAGCCAGGAACGAGUCGAGCCGUUUCCGCGGGAAAAGGGUCCCGUUUCCGCUCGGUCUUAUUUGUUAUACCGCGUCCAAAGCGGCCGCGGGCGAUCGCCGGGUGUUAAAUUGAUCGCGGAAGCACCCUCGUUUCGUUACAAUCGCGAUUACUGCAACGGGACCACGAGAAUAGGGGGUGACUUUUUCUAGGAUGCGACGUGGAGUUUCGUCUGCAACGUGUUUGCCCGAUGGACCUUCAAUCUUCCGAACCUCGCGGCGAAUUGUCGGAAAGCCGAGGCGAAUUCGUGGCGGGCUCUGGUCGAGACGAAUCGAUCGAUCGUCGAGCGUCGACGGAACCGUUUAAAUCAUCCUUCAAACCGUUUCGGAGCAGCGGCGUGCGAAAUCUUUGGAUGCGA